CCACUGCUCUCCCCUGGCCAGCCACCUGAUUACGUAGCGCAUGCGCAGAGCCUUCCUCUUCCUUUCUCCCAGCUCGGGUCGCCAUGGCUCCUGUGAAAAAGGUCGCUACCAAAGGCAGCAAAAAAAAGAAGCAGCUCCUGAAAUUCACUUUGGACUGCACACAUCCCGUGGAAGAUGGCAUCAUGGACGCUGCUAACUUUGAGCAGUUCUUACAUGACCGAAUCAAAGUGAAUGGAAAGAUUGGUAACCUGGGAGGUGGAGUUGUUUCAAUUGAGAGAAGCAAGAGUAAAAUCACUGUGACAUCAGAGGUGCCAUUUUCCAAGAGGUAUUUAAAGUACCUAACUAAGAAAUACCUCAAGAAAAAUAAUCUACGUGAUUGGCUUCGUGUGGUUGCAAACAGCAAGGAAAGCUAUGAAUUGAGAUACUUCCAGAUCAACCAAGAUGAGGAGGAAGAGGAGGAUGAAGAUUAAAAUAUUAGCUGGAAGAAUUUUUAUAUUAUCGGAAAUAAAAUUGGAACAAAAA